AUGAUGAAAUGCAAAGCAAUAGGUUAUCAACACAAAGAUAAACUCAUGCUAGAUGAAGAAAAGUUUAGAAACCUAUCCAUGCUUGAGAGAUCAACAAUAAGGAAGGUUGCUUCUAAGAUGGAAGUAAGCAAGACAACAAUUGGUAGAUUUAUUAAGAAUAAUCAGCUGAAACCUCAUACAAAUGUUGUCAAGCCUACAUUGAUUGAAGCCAACAAAAUUGCAAGGAUGAAAUGGUGUCUUGCUCAUAUUCAGCCAACAUUGGCUGAAGGUAAACUUCUUUACCAUUCAUUGCACAACAUUGUUCAUAUUGAUGAGAAAUGGUUUUACAUGACCAAGACAUCAGACAGAUACUACCUUUUUCCGGAUGAAGAUGAGCCUUAUAGGUCCUGUAAGUCCAAGAGAUUCAUCACUAAAGUGAUGUUCAUGGUUGCAGUGUAUAGGCCACUUAUUGGCAGUGAUGGGAAAAUCAUAUUUGAUGGUGAAAUAGGACUAUUCCCGUUCACAGAGAAAGUACUAGCCAAAAGAAGUUCAAAGAACAGGCCAAAAGAGACAAUAGAGACAAAGCUUAUUCAAUCAGUGAAUAAGGAAGUCAUGACAGCAUGUCUCCUAAACCAGAUUGUACCAACAAUAAAGGCCAAAUGGCUAGCCAAUGCAAGCAAGAAGAUUUACAUCCAGCAAGAUAAUGCCAAACCUCACCUAAGAGUUGUUGACCAACAGUUUGAGGAGAUUGCUAGGGGGCUGCCUCUUCAACUUUAUGUUGAAGAGGGUUUGGUGAGAGAGAGUUUGGAGUACCUACAGCUGCCUGAGAACAAUGCUGGAGACGCAUAUGACAUAGGGCCUCUUAACCAUGCUUUAGAGUACUAG